CUCGGUCUCAAACCACCAAUAGCUACUAGCUAGCUACUCGAUCAUCUCUCUCGUGCAUAUGCCAACCAUGAGGCACAGCAAUUCCGUAGCAAAUCUACCUGAUGACAAGCAGCUUCCCAACCACUUGUCCACAUCGAAGAAGAUGAAGAUGAGCAAGAGCGCCCCGGAUCUCCUCAAGAAGGCGGUGACGUCGAUCAAGAGCAAGACUGACGCUCUAAGAACGAAGCUCAUCAUCCUGGCCUCCAUGCGCCGAAGGAUGGCGAUGGUCGCCGCCAUGUCUCGCAAGGUCCACACGCUCGUGUCGUCGUCGAGCCAGGAGAAGAUCAUGGCGGCGGAUCAUCACCGUGACAGGGCUCUCGUGCUAAGCAAGCAGGCAAUGGCGCCGAGCAAAGAGCCCGCUGCUGGCAGUGAUCACGGCGGUGGUAAGAAGGCUGGUCUUAGUCUCUUUGAGAUCGCAGUGUUCGACGAGGAGGAUGAUCGUCAUGGCUACCAUGAUUAUUGGACAAGGUCGUCCCUCUUCGACGAUGACAACUGUCAGUACAAUGAUGAUGAGGAAGAUGUUCAUCAGGAAGAUGGUGGUGAUGUCGAUGAUGUUCUUGGUGCGCUCGAUGAUGAGCCAUCGGUCAUCGAGGUCAUCAGGAGCAACCGGGAGGCUGAAGGUCUGGCGUUCAAUAUGGACGAUGAGAUUGACGAGGCUUGUGAUCUGUUCAUUAGGAGAUGCCGCAGCCGGAUGGACCUUAGCUUGUAGUGAUGCUUGUGUUUUUCGUGCAUGGCCUGGUUUCCGUGAAUGAUGCGACAAAGAGAGCAAAACUGGUACUGAGCGAUGAUAGAAGGGUGUGGCUGAGAUACUAUGAAGAAAGACUAGCUACUAGCUAGGGAUGAUGACCAGAGGGACAUGGACUUGUGUGAUUCUUAUUUAACCCUUAAGUAGCUAGCACGACACACAUUGUGAAGUGGCAAAUAGUGUUAUGCAAAUAGACACACAGCAUGGAAGAUGCAUCGAUCGGCCCUGUUUGGUUCCACACGUGAUAAUUUUUAUCUCUCA